AUGAACGUCACCCUGAACCGCAUUGUGUCGUGGAGCAGCAAGUGGCCAGUAAAAUUUGCCCCAAACAAAACACAAAUGUCAAUCAUCUCAAGGUCGAGGACGCCCCUCCAACUCAGCCUUGAGGGGCAAGCUAUACGGCGGCAAGACGAGAUGGAUGUACUGGGGGUCACAUAUGACUCCGCGCUGACCUUCAGGCACUACAUAGAGCGUCUAGCCAGGAAGGCCUCGGGUAAGCUGGCGUCACUCAGAAGGAUGUCGUGGCUCCUUGACGACAAAGGCCUGGAGAUCUUAUACAAGGCUAAAGUUCGUUCCUCCCUGGAGUACUCGAGCCUUGCUUGGGGAGGAGAGGCGACCAGGCAUCUUUCCCUCCUGGACAGGGUACAGACUCGGGCAGUGAGGCUCAUAAAGGACAGUGGGGACAGAAAUGAGCCAAAGCUUCACUCCCUUCAACAUCGCAGGGACGUAGCGGGCCUCGUAGUGAUAUACAAAAUACAACAGCGAAUCCUGCAUCUCCAAGCUCUCCGCCAGCCCCUGCGGCGGGCACAAGUGACCACCCGGGCUGUCACUUUAAUGCCUGCUGAAUUAUUUCAGUGUCGAUGCCGCACUUGGCACCAUCAACGCCAGUACGUCCAUCAUUAUGGUAAACUAUGGAACACCUUAAUUGCUGCACAGAUAGACUCCAGUAAAAUGAAUCUGCAGUAA